AUGGGGGGGUACUUUUCUUCAUUUCUCUCUCGGCUACUCGGGCCCAAGGAGGUCAGAAUCCUCAUCCUGGGCCUCGACAACGCAGGGAAGACGACGAUUCUGUAUCGGCUGCACCUGAACGAAGUCGUCGAAACCAUUCCAACAAUUGGCUUCAACGUCGAGACCGUCCACUACAAAAAUAUCCAGUUUCAGGUCUGGGAUCUCGGCGGCCAGACCUCCGUUAGGCCAUACUGGCGCUGCUACUUCCCCAACACGAACGCUGUCAUCUACGUCGUGGACAGCGCCGACCGCGAGCGCAUCUCAGACGCGAAACACGAGCUCCUCCUCAUGCUGGAGGAAGAGGAGCUCCGCGGCGUGGCUCUCGCUGUUUUGGCGAACAAGCAGGAUCUUCCGAACGCCAUGACGGAGGGCGAGGUGUCAGCUGCCCUCGGACUGCCUUCGCUGCGCGACCGGCCCUGGACGAUCAUGCGAGCCUCCGCCGUCAAGGGAGACGGGCUGCAGCAGGCGAUGGACUGGUGA